AUGGUAGAGUGGAUUCGAAGCUUUUUCAGCAAAUCUGAGUUCAAAGCGGGAGGCUCCCUAAUAAAGCUUGCUGAUUUCCAAGACAAUUAUUCGAAGGCGACUAUCAUGAUGAGUGCAAGCUUGACAAUUAAAAAUUCCUUGAUUUACAUCAAGAACGAAGAUUAUGAUCCAGAGCAAGAACAAACUGAGUUCUUGUCAUUCCCAAUCGACCAAGCAAUGCAACUGACCCAUUUCACUGUUUUAGAUGACGAAGACCAGAUUGAAGCUGUCAAAUGGAUUAACUUAGCUACAAACCCGACGGAGACAGCGCCAUUUAUUGGGUUUGAAUUUGAGGAGCCGAAUAGCUAUGCUGCAUUUCAACAGCAUAUAGAGAAAAUAAUACAGGUAGAUGAAGAAGGCUUACAACACCCUGAAAGCAGAGAAGGGAACUUAAAAGAAGUCCAAAGCAAAUUAAACGCGACAAGUCAGAAAACAUCGUAUUCAAAAAUUAAUAUAAAACAAGUUCAGCCUGCAGUAGAAAAUGCUGAGGAGGAGAAAGAAAUAGGGAAAAAUUUAGAUUUUAAGAGAGCUGUUAUUGAACAUUUAAGAAGUUUAUUCACACCAGACCAAAUUAUUUACACUUCACCUGGCGACUUAUAUUUCCACGACCCUAAUAAAGAGCUACCUGUUCUUAUGGAAAGAGGAAUAGGAUUUUUGAUUGUAAAGCAUGGACCAUUUCAAUAUACAGUUGACUUAGUAAAAGACGGAGAAGUUAUCAUGAGGAACUUACUAACUAAAAACCUAUCCCAUCAUAUUGAUGUAAAUGCUCACAGCGUCUCCUGGAUUGAAGUUCUAGACGUCAACAUGACAAGAUACUGGACUAUGAUUCUUCUCGAUGACAUGACUCACCUUGAAGAGCUUUUCCUUGUUGCUCAGUUCGAAAGCUCUAGACAAAUAAGCGUCGACACUGACUUGACACAAGAAGACAAAGCUUGGAUUAAAGGUGAAGAAUCUUCUGAAGUAGAAAACACUGAUUCCCCCCCCCUUUAAAUUGGAACAAAAUUUUUCCAAUUUCAAGGGGGGUUUAUUUUUUUUUUUAAAAAAAUAUCAAAUUAAAAUUUUUUAUAAAAUAUAUAUAAAAAUUAAAAAAAAAAAAUUUCAAAAAUUUAUCGAAUUAGAUUAAUAAAUUUAUUUAAUAAAACGCUAUUUACUCUUUAUCCUUUAAAACAAAGCAAGAUAUAACUAAAUUUUCAUUAUUAGUUAAUACGCCACUAUUAAUUGAUAUCAAAAUUAUUUACACAAAAAUUUUUAUUUUUAUUGAUAAAAAAAAUUUUACGAUCAAAGUCUAAUUUUGUUUAAAUAAGAUGUUAUUUAUACUCUAUUCUUUAAAAUAAAGCAAGAAAUAAGUAAAUUUUUAAAUUUUAUAAAGAAUUCCUAUUGAAUUUAUAUCAAAACUAUCCAAAUAAAAAAUAUCAUUUUUAUCCACAAAAAAAAAUUAAUUUUUUUUUUUAAAUUUAGCAAUUAAGGAUAAUAAAUUUUAUUUAGAUAAGAUGCUCUUUAUAUUUUUAUCUUUAAAAAAGAGCAAGAUAUAACUAAAUUUUUAAUUUUAGUUAAUAAGAAACAUUUAACUUAUAUCAAAACUUUUUAGAUAAAAAUAUAUAUAAUUUUUUAUUAUAAAAAUUAAAUUUUGUUCCAAUUUAAAAGGGGGUUUAAUUUACCAAAAAAGUGGAAUUUUACCGAUAUUUUGUUCCAAAUUAAAGGGGGGGAGAGUGAGUCAUCUGAAGGAGAGUCAGAAAAAAUUGAAAUUGAUUAUGCAGAUGAAAUCAAAAUGGAAGAGGACACUUCAGAAGACAUUUUAGAUAGCGCUACAAGCUAUUGCAACCCUUGGGUAUUUACAGCAAAACAAAAUAAAAUCGGCCUUUAUAGGCUAGACGAAGAUAAUUUGCAUUUGUCACAAAAUAUUCCUAUUGUGUCCACCUAUGAGGACGGCUUCAAUGCUUCUAGAAUUCUUCCUUAUAAGCAGGAUUCCAGGCUUUUGAUGCUCAGCCAAAAGGAUCCGUCAAUUAUUUACAAUAUGGACUUGAAUAGAGGUGAAAUAGUCGAGCAAUAUACAGUUAAGGGAAAUCCAUUAAUUGCUGAUAUCGCUCCACAUCAAAAAUUGUCACCAAUGACGGUUGAUAAUUUAUUUUAUGCUUUAAGCAAAAAUGGGCUAUUUACAAUAGAUCCUAGAGUCUCUGGACACGAUAAAUCAGUAGAGUCAAAAAUAUACAGCUCGAAGCCAAACUUAACUUGCAUGGCAAGCACUGAACAAGGGUAUGUAGCUGCAGGUAGCGCUACAGGAGAAAUUCGUAUGUAUAAGCAAAUAGGCCAGAACUCAAAGACUAAUAUGCCAGGGUUUGGAGAUCCCAUCACAAGUAUUGAUAUAACCAAAGAUGGAUCUUGGAUUUUAGCAACUACAGACACUUAUCUAAUAGCAAUUCCUGCUAAUUCACAUGGAGACAAUGGCUUUGUUAAGCCUCUUGGCAAACAUAAAAGAAAGCCGCGCAAGCUUGCCUUAAAGCCAGCAGAUAUCGCUAAAUUCAACCUUACAGAUAUAAAAUUCACCCCAGCUAGAUUCAAUUUAGGUGAAAAUUCCAGGGAAAACGCAAUAAUUACUUCAACUGGAAACUAUGUAGUAAUUUGGAGCUUCAGUGCAAUUAAGAAGGGAAGACUGGAAAGCUACAAGAUCAAGCCUCUGACAGAAAGCGUAAUCAAGAAUGAGUUUAAGUUCAAUGAAGAAAAUGCAUGGAUUACUCAUCCAAAUAGUCUGCAUUACCAGAAAAAUCAUUUUAGGUUUCAUGAAUAA